AUGGCGGACAUUACCGAUCCCACAGCUGGCAUCGACCAACCUUCUCCUGGCGAUGAUCUCACCGGCAACGGAGCUGAUGCGCGUGGGACCAAGCGACCAAGAACCUCCAUGGCAGGAGACGAUGAUGAUGACGAUGAUGAAAAGGGAGGAAGAGAACGAAGAAAGAUUGAGAUCAAGUUUAUCCAAGACAAAUCCCGCCGUCACAUCACAUUUUCCAAGAGAAAGGCUGGUAUCAUGAAGAAGGCUUACGAACUGUCCGUCCUCACCGGCACUCAAGUCUUACUUCUUGUCGUCUCGGAGACUGGCCUUGUCUACACCUUCACCACCCCCAAACUCCAACCUCUCGUCACCAAGGCAGAAGGCAAGAACCUGAUCCAGGCAUGCUUGAAUGCUCCAGAGCCCUCCGGUAAUGAAAACGGUGUCGACGCCGCGGACGAUGUUGCAUCACCAGAUGACGUGCCUCAGAUGCCUUCUGCAGCUGCUGGCAUUCCCCGACCUGCUGCUCAUGGCGGCUACAUGACUCAGGAACAACAACAGCAAGCCCUGUAUUAUCAACAGUUGCAACAGCAGAACCAGAGCGGACAAUAUGCGGGGAUGCCACAGAUGCCUCAGCAUCAACGCGCGUAA